AUGUCGCGGUGUCAGGCUGUUGCCAGGCCAUUGGCCCGGCAAUUGCGCCAGCAAUGCUCCAUCCGGCCCUUCACCACGGGCGCCGCCCGCGCCGCCGAACUCCAGCAACAACAGACGUCCUCCUCCUCCCCCUCCUCACAGCCGAGUCCCCUCGACCUCGACCCCAACAGCGUCCUCCCCGAGUUCGAAGCCCCCCUGAUCAAGGCGGGCAAGAUGCCCGUCGGCUCGCGCAGGCGGCGCGUCGCCCUGCGCACCACGGCCAGCAUCCCCUUCGAGCAGCUGCCCUACCAGGCCUUCCAGGAGGCCCGCGCCAUCCUCGCCGCCGACCGGCAGGAGAAGGUGGCCAAGAUCCGGGAGCAGCUGGGCAAGAUUGCGGCGCUCGAGGCCAAGGACGCGGCGCAGGUCAAGGGCGGGGAGAAGAUGAAGGAGACGAAGCUGGCGAGCUUGCGGCGGUCGGUGGAGGAGCUCAAGAUUCUGGCGGAUAUCAACGAUCCGCUGGUCAAGAAGCGCUUCGAGGACGGUCUGGGAGACAUGAACAAGCCCAUCUACCGCUACUACGCAGAGCGCAAAUGGCGCUCCUACGACUACCGCCUCAUCACCCAGCGCAUCAAGCAGUUCAACAUCGUCCCCGACGUCCUUCCCAAGCUCGACCCUGUCGCCGACGUCCAGCUCUUCUUCCGCCAGAACAAAGUCGCCCCCGGUGAGGUCGUCAACUCCAUCGUCAGCGAGAACCCCCCGCGACUGCGCGUCCAGGUCUUCGACGCCGGCGAGCGCCUCGUCUCGCUCGUCGUCCUCGACGCCGACGUCCCUGACGCCGAAAAGGACGGCUUCUCCAAGCGCUGCCACUUCCUCGCCGCCAACAUCCCGCUCGCGCCCACCGACACCUCGCUCCCGCUCAGCCGCAUCAAGGCCGCGGACCAGCUCGCCGUCCCCUGGCUGCCCCCGACGUCCCAGAAGGGCGCCCCCUACCACCGCCUCGGCAUCUACCUCCUGCAGCAGUGGCCCGGUGAGAAGCUCGACGUCGACGCCCUCAAGCAGCUCUACGCCGCCCGCGACGGCUUCUCCCUCAAGUCCUUCCGCGACAAGUUCUCCCUCACCCCCGUGGGCUUCAACAUGUUCCGCUCCGUCUGGGACGAAAACACCGCCGCCGUCAUGGCUCGCCACGGCAUUCCCGGCGCCGACGUCGAGUUCAGGCCUGCCCGCGUGCACAGUCUGAAGCCACCCGUCAAACCCCGCGGUUGGGAGGCCAAGAGACAGGGCCCUGCGUACAGGCACCUGUGGAAGUACACGAAGCGCAUCAGGGGCCUGUCGAAUGGUCGCGGGUGGACGAAGAGGAGGUAA